AGUUGAUUUCCCGUUUGAUUUCGACAGCCAACCGAACCAUCAUCAUGACUGAGGCUCAGUUCAACAAGGCCGUCUGGCUGAUCCGCAACGGUCCCGCGGUGGGUGACAGCAGCAACGAGACCAAGCUCAGCUUCUACAAGUACUACAAGCAAGCGACCGUCGGCGACAACAACGAAAGCCAGCCCUGGGCCGUGCAGCUCGAGGCCUCGGCCAAGUGGAAGGCCUGGAACUCUGUGCGCGGCAUGUCCAAGGAAGACGCGAUGAAGGCCUACGUCGAUCUUCUGGCCAAGGAUGAUCCCAACUGGGAGCAGCACCCGGCCCUCAAGGACUACAAGGCAUAACUCUGGUUGCUUCGUUUUUUACUCUUUAUUGCCGUGCCAAUUGACUCUUUCUCUGG